AUGCCGAAGUAUGCUCCAGCGGCGAGCGAUUGUGCUACAACUGCAAGCAGCCAGGCCAUGAGAGCAACAACUGCCCUCACCCAAGGACAACCGAGACAAAGCAGUGUUACCACUGUCAAGGCCUCGGCCAUGUCCAAUCGGACUGCCCAACCUUGCGCCUUCGAUCGAACGGGGCAGGAGCAGGAGCAUGCUAUUCUUGCGGUCAACCUGGUCAUCUUGCACGCGAAUGCCCGACUCCAAAUGCUGCGCCAGGUGCACCAGCGGCUGGCAUCGGCCGCGGAGCUGGCGGUCCAGCUCGUGGAGGUUUUGGCGGUUUCCGAGGUGGCUUGCGAGGUGGGUUCGCUGGUGCCAACCGCUCAGCAAUGUGCUACAAGUGUGGCGGACCAAAUCACUUCGCUCGCGAUUGCCAAGCCCAGGCAAUGA